UUUAAUAUUUAUGGUAGCGCACGCAUGGAGCACGUUGCAAUUGGCGGGAGUUGGCAUUAGUUCUUAGUUUGCGUGAAUUGCAAAAUAUGAAGCCCAUGUUCUGCGAACUCCAUGAUAAUCCAUUUGAAAACAAAGACAGACUGCUUACGGAUGUCCUGUAACUCCCCGUCAACUGCCAAUGGCCGUUCAAUGUUCCAUGUUUGAAUCUUUAAUUUACUGAAGAAAACUCCACAAUGAACAGUCACCUUCGGAUAAGACAAUUUCGUCGCUUAAACUUCAAGCAGUGAUAAACUUCAGCUGACUCCACAUUAUUACGGAUCUUUCACUUCUCAACUGCAAGGUGCUGAUUACUUAGAAUGUUGCUGAAUAACAAACACCUGCUGCAUCUUAAAAAUACUUCAGAAAAUGGCUCGCCAACUCUACAUUGCUCAAAACUGCAGUUAUUCUUGCGACACGAACGGCAAUAGAGGCAAUCCCCACGCUCGAAAUUACUCCGCUUAUCUGCUGGAAUUCUUCGCUGUUUAUUGGAAGUUUUUACUUCUACCAGACUUGUUGUGUUACAUGCUGGAAUAAAUCUCGCUUCCAACAGAUCAACUGUUUGCUUGUGCCAAAAUAUCUAUGGUAAUCCCCGCUCGCCCUCUGUUCGCCAUUUAGCCUGUGGCGGCCGACAACGGGUUCGCUUUCACCCUUCAAUCCGUAACUGUCCGAGUAUUUUAUAUAUUUCUGUUGUUAUUUGCAAUCCAACAUUUGCGACAUUCGUUUAUUUGCCAGACGACACAGCCUCAUGGACGAAAAUGAUUUCAACGACAACUCGAGAAGAGAACCUGCUGCAACUGAUGUGAAGAGGAAAGGAUUGGCUUUGCUCAUUUACGACUUGAAGCAUCGCGAGUUGAUUCCGGUGAAAGUUCUGACCUUUAUCCUUUUUGCAGGUAUAGGAUCGCUAUUCUCUUUCAUCACCAUCCACAUGAAAUCGUUGGGAAUGACCGUCGAAGAGACGGGCAUAAUCAACAGUGUUUCUUCAGUUGCAGCCGUUUUUGCGCCUUUCUUCCUUGGCUUGAUCGCCGAUAAAGUUGGAAAUUUCAAGGUGAUGAUGUGCGUACUGACCACGAUUGUGGUUGCUGUAUCACUUCUCUUCGUCGUCAUCCCAGUCGGAAGAAUCCCGCACAAGUUCCCGGAUAGCAUGACGUUGGCAGUUGGAUGUGGAAACGAAACGAGCGACUAUCGUUUACCAAUUCCUGAUGUGAUGGACCUCGACUCGACUACGUGCCACUUGAAAUCACCCAAAGGCAACCAAAGUGCAACUCAUUUCCCGGCCGUACUCGAAGAAUGCGGUUACGUCUGCUACAACCAAAAUCGAUCGCAGGAUCACUUCGAUUUAGACGCCAAUCCCAUGCCAACGCAAGAAAUGUUCGAUGUCGAGGAACUUCCCGCGACCCAUUUCCGUGAUUCUGUUUUCUUUUCCCAAAACUGGACUCUGGGUUUGGUUUGCUUCUUGGGCGAAGUAGAUACUUGCUCCUUCUCAAGUGAUUACUCCACAAAAGUAUCAUUGAAUUUCACCUUUGGUCUAGUUCCAUCUGCCAAAUCAACCAGCAUGUUCUCCUUACCAUUGAUCGCUGUGGAUAGCGAAGGCGAACAGCAGAUGAAAAAUGUCUACUGUACAUCCAACAAUAGAAAUCACAAGUUCCGGCAGAAUAUCCAUUACCAAGACAUCAAUCAAACGGACCACAGCAACAACACCGUCUACCAAAUUUGCAAGCCAGAAUGCUUUGUUCGUGUCAAUCGCUCCGAUUUGUGCUCUAAUAUGGCUGAAUACGAAAACAUCGAUCCUAAGCUCACGUUCGGACUAUACAUGGUUGUUCGCUUGUUGUUUGACACGUCUUGCGGAGUGCUGGAUCUCUUUGUUGCAGCAUCCGUAGCACUGGUUAACCAAGUAGGCGGCGAUUACGGUUUCCAGAGAAUGUUUGGAUUUAUUGGGGUCGCCAUUUUCUCUCCAAUUUCUGGAGCCUUGAUUGACUAUUUCAGCUCGGAUUCCAACAUUCAAGGGAAUAUACGGCCGGCUUUCUACCUAUUUGCUGGUUUAUUUACAAUUGCAGCCAUCGUCAUGUUGAAGAUCAAUCUUGAUUUUAAACUUCCAGCGAAAUCUCCAUUCAAAGAUGUGACAUCUUUGUUGAAAAACGUCGAAUUGGACCUUUUGUUGUUCGCCGGCUUCAUUUCAGGAAUCGCCCAUGGUUACGGGAUUUUCUGGACUUUUCCCUUUUUGGAAGAGAUUGGGGGUACCAAAUCUUUGAUGGGGCUAUCCAACACGCUCCAGUCGUUAGCUUCUAUCCCGUUGCUCAUCUUUUCUGACCGCAUCUUUCGAAAGCUGAGCCACCCAAAUGUAAUAACUAUCUGCUUUGGAGCAGGCAUGAUCCGAUUCAUAGGAUACUCGUUUUUGUCCGACCCGAACUUGUGUCUUCUGUUUGAGCCAAUGGAAGCCAUUUCCAGUACUCUUAUACGCACGGCGCUCAUAACGUAUGCAAAUGAGCUAGGGACGACGACUAACGUGGCUUCUAUUCAAGGACUGUUAUCAGGAAUCACUUUCGGACUAGGCUGGGGAGUAAGCAGCUAUGGCGGAAGCCUACUUAUUGACGCGUACGGACAGCGAGUGACUUUCCGCGUGUUGGGUGUCAUGUCGUUCAUCGCUGGGUUCAUCUACUUGCUCUUUAAUUUUUUGUACUUGCGUCCAAAGAAAAACCAGCAAAUAACCGAGAGCAAUGCCCGCUUAGGUUUGAACGGGAAGAUCGAGACUUCCCAGUAACCCCCCUCCUUUUUUUAAAAAAAUUCCAGAUGAAAAUCCACCCUUAUUUAAUUCGUAUGUCUCUUUGACUACUAAUCCAGCGUCUUGCUUCAAUUGCUGAAGUUGUCUAAAAAUGUGAUCAAAGUAUUUGUGAUUUUUACGUAAGAUUGGCUGAAACAAGAUGAAAUAGAACGCGCAAGUGAUUUUGAGUUUAA